AUAGAGGGAAGUUUAGUUGUUGGAUAGGAAAAUCAUAGUUGCACGUCUACAAUAUACAAUAUUCUAGUGUGCUGGAUAAAUCAAUGGUAAAUAAUGGCUGUUCCUGGUAAAAAGGCAUCUCAAAAAUUCUCAUCUACACUAUCUCAAGGUGGUGCUGAAGAUUUUGACAUUUAUUGUGAAAUAUGUGAUAGAGAUGAUAUCAGACUUCCUGCCUUUGGUUACUGUGUAGAUUGUGAGGAACACUUAUGUCAAUCGUGUUUCAACACUCACAGACGACCAAAACCACUUCGUCAUCACCAACUCUUAGAUAAAGAUCACAUGCCACACAAACAAAAAUUCCAAAGAUCAUCGAAAUCUACUUCCAGUCUACAGACUGGUGAUUUUACAAAGCCUUGUAAUAAACACACCAAAGAAGUGAUUAAAUUCUACUGUCAUGACCAUAAUGCUGUUAUAUGUAGUGUUUGUGUAACCAUUGAACACACACCAACAUCCUGUCAUGUUGACUAUAUACCGGAUAUAUCAGGACAGGUUAUAGACAGCACCGAGUUCAGGGAAACUCUGAAAGAUAUUGACAUAUUGACAUACAAAUACUCCCAAAUAACAAGUGACAUGAAACAAAGAGUUGGUACAUCAACAACUGCUCUUAAGUAUGCUUUAGCAGAAUUUGAAAAUUUCAGAAAAGAGAUAAACAAGAGAUUAGACGAAUUAGAAAAAGAGGUUAAAGAUACUGCUACAACAAUCCAACAAGACAAUAACAAAAAGUUGAAAACAACAGAAGCAGCAUGUGAUGACAUCAACAAAUCACUUCAAGCAUCAGCUGAUACUCUGAAACAUUUCAAUGUAAACAAGAAAACUGACCAACUGUUUGCUGAACUUAAGAGAGCUCAGCAACUGAUUCAAGAUAAUAACAAGAUAAUAUCACAACUACCAACAAUCAAUGACAUUGAUGAUUACAUCUUUGAACCAAAUCAAGCUAUCAAACAAGUCUUUCAAAAUGAGAAAUCGUUAGGAAAAUUGUGUUGUAAGGAGCUUAAGCAGACAACUGAACCAAACAAACAAGGUGCAGUAGAAAUGAAAAUGUCUACGACCCCUAGACGCCUUAAUGCUAAAUUAUCCUCAGAUGAAAUGGAUUGUAACAUAACUGGUAUCGCUGUUUCUCCUUUAAAUCAAUUAUUUGCAGCAGAUUGCUAUUAUAAUCAAUCUAUCAAAAUGAUAGACAUCAAUAGUGGAACAAUCAAACAAUUAAAACUUAAAUCAUCACCUUGGGAUAUCACCAUGGUCACCACAGAUUCACUUGCUGUUACAUUACCAGACAGUAAAACCAUACAGUUUAUUUCCUUUUCCCAAGAUUCACUCUCACUGAAGAACAAACUGGAAGUAGAUGCAUACUGUUAUGGUAUCAGUCAUCAUCAGGGAAAACUUGCAGUUACAUAUCCCGCUAAACUCCAAAUCAUGGACUUGAAAGGUAUUAUUGAAAUUACAGUUGAAAAAGAUUCCAAAGGUUACAAUAUAUUCAGUUCUCCUGAGUUUGUCACAACAAACAGUCAUUCAAUCUAUGUAUCUGACUGUCGCAACAAUGUAGUUCUACGAUUCAACUGGCAGGGAGAGAUGAUAGGAUUAGUAGUAAUUAAAGAACCAAUGGGUAUAACACUGUUACAUGAUGGGUCUCUCUUAGUGAAUGGUUGCUCAAGUGAUUGUAUAUAUAGAGUAAGUGGUGACUGUAAAGACAGUAAAACUAUACUGGAGGAUGCAGAUAGACCUUAUGCCGCAUGUUGGUGUGCAGAAACUAGUACAUUUUGUGUUAGUAGACUUAAUGAUGACAGUGAUGACAAUUAUAUUAAAUUGUAUAAAAUGAUGUAAAAGACAUGACAUAUAUGACAUGAUACUAACAAUGGUUUAAGUACAUUAUAUAAUCGCCAUUCAUUCAAUACUUUAUUAUAGACAUUAUUGUAACAUUAUGAUAACACAUUUAACUUUAGUUUUGUUGAUUUAUGGAGGAAUAGAUGUAAAAUAAAGGAGAUGUAUAUGUAACAUUUAUAGUAAAAUACAAACAGAUGUUUGACAAUAAAGUGCUUAAAAUACAGAAAACUUAUAAAUGUAGACAUAAUAUAUCAGUUUUGCACCUUUCCAGACAAAAUGAUUUUAUUCUUCAAUUUUCAUCAUUUAACACAAAAUGUAAAGUUGCAGAUAUGCUUCAUUGAUCAAUGUUUUAGAAUUUUAUGUGGAUAUAACAUAAAUUAUAUUUUUAUUGACAUGUUGAUACACAGCAGUAAAUUGUAACAAAAAUAAAGAAGAUGUUAUAUCAAUACAAGGAAAUGUAGCAAAUUUGCAAAAAAGGAAAAGAAAAAAAAGAGAGAAAAUCAAAAUGGGAUUGCAGUAAGAUCUAUAUUUUUUCACUAUGCACUGCCAAUAAUCACCGUGUAUCUUUUACUGGUCAAUCCCUUGAAUAGUUUGUUACAAAGAAGAAAAUUGGUGAUAAGAAAAUAUGGGACAGUAUGAUAUAAAAGUUUUCCCCUCUGCAUGCCUUGUAAAUGUAUCCAUAUCAUAUACAUAAUUUAUACAAACCCUGGAUGCUUUGUACAUUUUAUGCCACAUAAUGCUAAAUUUAAUUACAUUAAAGCAUAUUUCUAAAAUAAAUUUAAGUAUUGUGACUUCAAUCGCCUUAUUUGUUCAUUUGACAUAACAUUAAGCAUUUUUAAAAGUUUCACCAAAAUCAUUUUUGACUAAGUUGCUUUAGCCAGACCUUGAUGUGUUUAUAAUAUUAAUACAUAAAAUAUUUUCUAUAAAACAGUUCUUACAUGUCAUACUUCUCAUGCAUAUGUAUUUUUAGGCUGAACAUGUUUUCUGAUAUAAAAAUGAUACUGAAAUACUUAUACAUUUUAAUUUAAAAAAUCAACAAACAGGUAUUUUCUAAAACUUUACAUUUAACAUCAAUUUUGAUGACAUUUCUUUUCUUAUUCACAAUUUUCUUCUUUAAAACACUUAUUUCUAUUUCAUCAUAACAUACAUGUAUAUAGCAUAAUUUUUUAGAGUCCAUAAUGUUUUUUUAAACCUUAAUAGCCUGUUGGUUCCAACUAAUUAUAUCCAUGCAACAAGUGCAGACCAAGAUCAGCCAGUCAGUUGUGCUGUGUCAUCUGAUCAUGGUCUGCACUGGUUGCUAUUCAUUCAGUCUUUAUUUUACAAUGUCUCUAAAAUAAUUAUUUAUUUGGCUAGACUGAAAACUGGACAUGUCUAUUUGAGAUAUUCAGCACGAUAAAGAUUAAUAAAACAAUAACUA